AUGUGCAGGCGACGACUUGCAGUCACGGCGGCGGGAACCGCAGGCGGCGAAAAAGUAGCCGCGGGGAGGGAAUGGGCAGGCGGUGACAAGAGGUCGCGGCAGCGGGACAGGCGGCCAGCGACGAAGAGGUCGAGGCAGCGCGACAGGCGGUCGGCGAAGAAAAGGUCGCAGCGGCGGGACAGGCAGCCGGCGACAAAAGGUCGCACGGCGGAAGAGGGCAAGCGACGACAGGAGAGGUCGCGGCGGCUGGGAGGGCAGGCGGCGACGAAGCAGGUCGCGGCGGCGAGGAGGGCCAGUUCUCUCCCCCUCGCCCUCUCUUCCACCGUGAAUUCUCUCCCCGUCGCCCUCUCUUCCACCGUGAAUUCUCUCCCCCUCGCCCUCUCUUCCACCGUGAAUUCUCUCCCCGUCGCCCUCUCUUGCACCGUGAAUUCUCUCCCCCUCGCUCUCUCUUCCACCGUGAAUUCUCUCCCCCUCGCGCUCUCUUCCACCGUGAAUUCUCUCCUCCUCGCUCUCUCUUCCACCGUGAAUUCUCUCCCCCUCGCUCUCUCUUCCUCCGUGAAUUCUCUCCCCCUCGCCCUCUCUUUCUCCGUCAAUUCUCUCCCCGUCGCCCUCGUGUUCCCUGUUAACUCAUUUCCCUGCCUUCCACUGCUCGACGCCAUCGCCUUCCCUCCCGUUUUCCUUCUCAUCUCGCACACUUGUCACGUAUACCCCUCCCCUGCACUGCCACCCUCUGUCCCUCUCCCGCCCAUUCUCUGCCCGGCUUCCCACCCUGCUCACUCCCCGGCAUCUGCCCCUGUCACCCCCAUCCUCUUCCCUGUUUCCCCGCACCCCCUGCUCUGA